GCCAGGUGUGUCUGCCCAGGAGAGCGCACGCAUUGGAUAGCCAGCCCAUCGCCAGGUGAGACCGGCUGCUAAUGGAGCUCUUGAAGACGUGGUUGGGCCAUCCGAAGGAGCUCUACAAACUUACGAAGUUCAAGAUGGGAGGCUACAAGGCAGUGAUGCCCAAGGUGGACGAGGAGUCGCUCAGCGCCAGCCUCCGCACCUGCUACAAGCAUUUGAACCAGACCGGCCGCAGUGUCGCUGCCGUCGUCCGAGCGCUCGACGGAGAGUUGCGCGAUGCCAUGUGCAUCUUCUACUUGGUUCUCCGAGCUGUGGACACGGUCGAGGAUGACAUGACCAUCAAUCUGGAAACCAAGAUCCCCAUGUUACAGAACUUCCACUCCUACCUGUAUCAGCCGGACUGGAAAUUCAUGGAGAGCAAGGAGCAGCACAGACAGGUGCUAGAGGACUUCCCAACGAUCUCCUUGGAGUUCCAGAACUUGGCCAAGGUCUAUCAGGAUGUGAUUGUCGACAUGUGCCGCAACGUGGGCCUUGGGAUGGCUGAGUUUCUGGAAAAGAAAGAGGAUUCCAAGAAGAAUUGGAAUACGUAUUGCCAUUAUGUUGCUCGCCCGAUUGGGAUUGGCCUCUCACGGCUCUUCUCUGCAUCUGAGCUGGAGGAGCCCAUCGCUGGACGCGACAUGGAGUUCGCCAUCUCCGUGGCCUUCUUCCUGCAGAAAACCAACAUGAUUCGAGAUUACCUGGAGGACCAAGUUGAAGGCAGAGAAUUUUGGUCCAGUGAGGUUUGGAGCAAGUAUGUGAAUAAGCUGUCUGAUCUGGCCAAGCCAGAGAACAUCGACAAGGCCGUCCAGUGCAUGAACGAACUCAUCACCAACACGCUCCAUCACGUUCCCGAUGUCUUGAUCUACUUAUCCCAGCUGAAAAACCAAAGUGUAUUCAAUUUCUGUGCUAUUCCGCAGGUGAUGGCCAUCGCCACUUUGGCUGCCUGCUACAACAACAAGCAGGUCUUCAGGGGCACAGUGAAGAUCCGGAAGGGACAAGCUGUCACCCUGAUGAUGGAUGCCACUAACAUAGACGCUGUCAAAGCCAUCAUGUACCAGUAUGUGGAAGAGAUCUACCAGAAGAUCCCAAGCACUGACCCUUCUUCCAGCAGAACUCAACAGAUCAUCGCCUCCAUCCGAUCCAUGAGUGUACCCAGCAGUGCCCUCUCCCGGAUCCAUUACUCCCCUAUCUAUUUGUCCUGCGUUAUGCUCUUAGCUGCCUUGAGCUGGCAGUAUCUGAGCACCGUCUCAAAAGCAACUGAGGAAUUCGUGCACACGAGCGAGAACUGAGUACAGAGCUCCGUGGAUGUGUCGCUUUCUGGGAAUUUCCCCCGUUUCUCCUUCUCCCCCUC